CAGGCUGGGGGAAAAGAAAGCGUUUCCAGGUCAGCUCAAACAUGGAGAGAAGAGCAGAGAGACAAAGAGAAGGUGAUACUGAGGUGGGGGAGGAAAAAGGCUCAGUUGAGAGGCAGUGGGGGGAGGCAGAAGUGCUGGCUCUACUCUCAGUGUGGGACGAGGUUGGAGCUCAGCAUGUAGCAGAGAGCAGAACCACAUUUGAGGUGAUCUCAGAGCGUCUGAGGAGGCUCAGUGUUGUGCGCAGCUGGAGGGAGUGUCAGGCCAAAUGCAGAAGCAUGAGACUUCAGAGCAGGAAGCCUGAUGCCAGCACAUCAGCAAACUACAGCUCAGGAGUGGAAGAAAAGCCCCUGGAAAGGCCAUGGGAGGAGGAAGAUGUGGUUAAUCAAAGAAGACUUUACCCUGUGCAGGAAGGAAUGAAGACUCGAUUUCAUUCGGCUGUUGCGUACUCCACAAAUGUGGCUGAAGAGGGAGGCCGCCACUGGACAGACGACGAGGUGAGAGCGCUGCUGUGCGUGUGGGCUGACCGCAGUGUUCGGGAGCGUUUGAAAUGCACGCUGCGCAACAAAUCCAUCUUCCAAGAGAUGGCUCGUCAGAUGCAGAGAAACUUUGGGGUGAUCCGCAACUGGAAACAAUGCCGUACAAAAUACAAGAAUUUGAAAUAUGACUAUAAGACUGCUAAAAGUGCACAUGCUGCUGGAGGGAGCGGCGCGGGAGGCCCAGGGAAGUACAUGAAGUUUUUUGAUGAAGUGGAAGCCAUUUUGCUGGACAAGGGACUGGAAAAUGGGACCAGGGAAAUGCAAAAGAGAUUGUAUGAUGGGGAAAUGGAAGUAGGGAGGCUACAAACACCAGCAGGCCACACAGGGCAGAUGACGAGUUCAGAGAGUGAGGUGGUUAUUGAAAUUGAUGAUGAUGACAACAGUGACGAUUAUGACAUGGAUGGAGACAUGGAAGUAAAAUGGCGAGGCACAGAUGCCCAUCUAGCACACACAGAUUCCAGCUCUGAUCAGUUCCAGGUGGUUACAGUGUCAGAUACAGGUCGAAACUGGAGCGACCAAGAGGUGCGAGCCCUGAUCCAAGUCUGGUCCGACGAGCGCAUACGCAGGCAGUUAGAGAGCUCAACCAGGAAGAGGGACAUUUUUGUCCAGAUAUCUAACAGGUUAAUGCAGCAGGGCAUUGAACGCGACUGGAAGCAGUGCCACACUAAGUACAAGAACCUCAAGUAUCUCUACAGAUCCCUUCAAAGGGGCAAGACAGACGAAACUGACCCGAGACGCUUCAUGAGAUUCUACGAUGAAGUGGAUACCAUUAUGAAUCACACGACUAACGGCUCACUGCAAGACACGGGAGCUGCUGAGUCUGCAGAUUCAGUCGAACUUACAGUAUCUGACAACUGUGAUGAGAAAAAUCACGUGGAUGGCAAUUUAACAAACAUGAGGCGAGCAGUGGAGGGAGCCAUGGAGGACAAAACCUGCACCUCUGAUUCUGACUUAUCAGUAACCCUCGAUGCCACAGCAAACUCUGAGUCGAAGCUGCACAAAGUCAAGGAGCAUCAACUGGAUCAAGAUCACAUGUUGAUGAGCACUUCUGAGACUGUGGCAGAGGAAGAGGAUACUAAUUCAGCAAACAGAAGAAUGAAGAGGAAAGCUGUGGAUCAAGACCCCGUUUUGCACACACCAGUAAAAAAGCUGAACGCCAGCCCUGUGGGUGUUGAAAGAGCGGAGGCCCGGUGCAAAGAGGAGCAGGACCACAUCCCGAUAAUAAAGAUCAACUCAGUCUGUUCAAUGGCUUCCCCUGUUCCAUCGCCAGAAUUACAGGUCUUUUCAGGAUCAACCGGCGCCAUGGCAUCCACCCCAGAGUUGAAGAUCGGCCAGAAGCUCAACGAAGGAAAGACGAAGCAGAUUUUCGAGCUCCCGGACCAGCCGGGACUGGUUCUGGUCCAAUCCAAAGACCAGAUCACCGCUGGGAACGCUGUGAGGAAAGAUCAGAUGGAGGGCAAAGCAGCCAUCUCUAACAAAACGACAAGCUGCGUGUUCCAGCUGCUGCAGGAGUCUGGCAUUAAGACAGCCUUUGUGAAGCAGCACUCGGACACAGCGUUCAUGGCAGCCCACUGUGAGAUGAUACCCAUUGAGUGGGUAUGUCGGAGGGUGGCAACCGGGUCUUUCCUGAAGAGGAAUCCAGGAGUCAAAGAGGGCUACCGCUUCUCCCCUCUAAAGCUGGAGAUGUUCUUUAAAGAUGAUGCCAACAAUGAUCCUCAGUGGUCAGAGGAGCAGCUGCUGGAGGCCAAAUUCUGUCUGGCUGGUCUGACUAUUGGUCAGUGCGAGGUGGACAUCAUGAAUCGCAGCACUGUGGCCAUCUUUGAGAUUCUGGAGAAGGCCUGGGCCACUCAGAACUGCACGCUGGUGGAUAUGAAGAUUGAGUUUGGCAUCAACGUGAAAACUCAAGAGAUUGUGCUUGCUGACGUGAUCGACAAUGAUUCAUGGAGGCUGUGGCCAGCUGGAGAUCGGAGCCAGCAAAAAGAUAAACAGGUGUACAGAGACCUCAAAGAAGUUACCCCAGAGGCGCUGCAGAUGGUGAAGAGGAAUUUUGAGUGGGUCUCAGAAAGGGUCAAGUUGCUGCUGGAGUCACAGGCUAGCGGCAGGGUGGUGGUAUUGAUGGGCUCCACCUCAGAUAUGGCCCAUUGUGAAAAGAUCAGGAAGGCGUGCACCUCUUAUGGGAUCCCCUGCGUCCUCAGAGUCACCUCGGCGCACAAGGGUCCCGAUGAGACACUCCGCAUUAAAGCAGAAUACGAAGGUGACGGCAUACCCACUGUGUUUGUGGCUGUGGCUGGGAGAAGUAACGGCCUUGGCCCAGUGAUGUCUGGAAAUACUGCUUAUCCUGUUAUCAACUGCCCUCCUCUCACUCCAGACUGGGGAUCACAAGAUGUCUGGUCAUCCCUCCGCAUGCCAAGUGGUCUCGGCUGCUCUACUGUUUUGUCUCCUGAGGCUGCUGCUCAGUUUGCAGCGCAGAUCUUCGGGUUGAGUGACCACCUGGUGUGGUGCAAACUGAGGGCAUUCAUGCUCAACACCUGGGUGUCUCUCAAGCUGGCUGACAAGAAGUUACAGGCCUGCAGCCUUUGAAGAGCCCAGUAUGCCUCCUUCUUUAUCAACUCCAUGUCUUUGUCUACAUUGAAAACUCGUUCACUGAAGAUGUUUACCACACACAAAUCAUUCCACUGAGAGACAAAUGUUUAAAGGCUCUAUGUAUUUCUGUACAUUUUUUUUUUUUUUUUAAGUUGCAUAGAAGAGUUUUUC